AUCACAUGAAGUCAGCCACUUAGAAUAGUCUCCAACCAUAUUCAUAAAGGCCCUUCCUCAUGACUCGUUUGUGCAAUAAGGGCAAUUGCUUCAACCAUUAACCUUGUCUAAUAUUUGCAACCAUGUCUCUUUCUAUUUUAUCAUCUUUCAUCCACUAUCUCUUCUCAGCCGCAGGUCUCGCUGCGCUUGUAUCCUUGCUAGCAAGGUAUCUCUCAUCAUCCCGGCCACUAAGGGAAUCUGUCCCCGCAUUCCUUCAAGACACCACAUCUACAGCACGAGCUUUGCCUGCUUCUUGGUAUAGAUCCCAAGAAGUAUACGAACUUGAAAGACGUGCCAUAUUUGCCAAGAAAUGGAUCCUCACAACCCACAAAUUGAGAUUCACUGAACCAGGCUCAUGGGUCAAGUUUGAACAGGCAGGUUUCCAGUUCUUCCUGGCGAAGAACAAGCAAGGACAGAUCAAUGGAUUUCACAACAUAUGUAGACAUCGGGCGUUUCCUAUCAUGACCGAAGACAAGGGAAAGUCAAGCAUUCUGUCUUGUAAAUAUCAUGGCUGGUCAUAUGGUCUCAAUGGCCAACUCGCCAAGGCACCGGGAUAUGAUGACAUGAAGGGCUUCGAUAAGACAAAGAAUGGCCUACUGCCUAUCCACGUUCAUGUUGAUGCCAAAGGCUUCGUCUGGGUCAACCUCGAUUCCUCAAAGACGCCUGAGGACUUCUCAACAGAGUUCAAGAACAUCGACCAAAUGGCAAGACAUGAAGGGUUCAAUUUCGAGGACUACAAUUUCGAUCAUACCUGGGGAAUGAGCGGCGAUUACAACUGGAAGACCUUGGCUGAUAACUAUAACGAAUGUUACCACUGCAAGACUGCCCAUCCCGAUGCAGCUGAUGUUGCAGACCUGUCAGCUUACAGAGUUGAUACCAAAGGCGGCAACAUUGAGCACUUUGCCAAUACAAAACCCGAGAUGAAGGAAAAAGGCCUCAAGAUCGUGAGCAAUUACUACUUUCCCAACGCUUGCAUGACUGUCUCUCCCAACUUCUUUUACAUGAUGCGAUGCGUUCCAACUUCCCCCGGCCACUGCUCCAUGGAAUACGAAGUCUACCGACACAAGAACGCCACUGACGAAGGUUUCCAGACCAUCGACGCGAUGUUCAAGAGGAUCUUGGCCGAGGAUAAGUGGCUCUGCAAUAACGCGCAGAAAAACCUCAACGCUGGCGUGUUUGUUAAUGGUGAGAUGCAUCCUAAGAUGGAACAGGGUCCUCUUUACUUUCAGCAUCGCGUUAGAGGUAUUUUGAACGAACAUUAUCGGUUGGAGAAGGCUGUUGGGAAGGAGAUUAACCCAGCGCAGCAUGUUCCGUCGGAUGCUUCUCGUGGGACGGAAAAUGAUAUGCGCUUCUGCUCGGGUUUGGCUUGUGGAAACGAUGCUGAACACCUGGCUUGGUAGACAAGGAGCAGCAACUUAAUGGCCAUCUAGCAAAGUGAUUAUGGUACUGGGACGACUUCACGGGUACAAAGAAAGGAUCCAGAAGAUCGAAUGUGAGACAAAUU